CGCCCCUCUUGCCUCUCUCUCCCUCCCAAGAGCUCCCAGCUCCCUUUCUUUCCUUCCUUCCUGCUUUCCUCCGGGAGAAACAUGGCUGGGAAGAAAGAGGAGGCGCGAGACAACGGGCGUGGGGUCGUGAUUUCUAAUCAUUGGCCAGGAUAUGACUUGGAUUUAUUCACCUACCCUCAGCACUAUUAUGAAGAUUUGAACUAUGUACUUAUACCUCAUGGUGUCAUUGUGGACAGGAUUGAGAGGUUGGCAAAGGAUAUCAUGAACGACAUCGGAUACAGUGACAUCAUGGUUCUGUGUGUGCUUAAAGGGGGCUACAAGUUCUGUGCUGAUCUUGUGGAGCACCUAAAGAAUAUCAGUCGAAAUUCAGAUACGUUUAUCUCUAUGAAGGUUGACUUCAUCAGAUUAAAAAGUUACCAGAAUGACCAAUCAAUGGGUGAUAUGCAGAUAAUCGGAGGAGAUGACCUUUCUCAACUAGCUGGCAAGAAUGUACUAAUUGUGGAGGAUGUUGUUGGAACGGGGAGGACCAUGAAAUCUCUGCUUGACAAAAUAGAAAAAUACAAACCCAACAUGAUUAAAGUGGCAAGUUUGUUGGUGAAGAGAACACCCAGAAACAACAGCUUUCGACCUGACUAUACUGGAUUUGAGAUUCCAGAUUUAUUUGUGGUGGGCUAUGCCUUGGAUUACAAUGAAUACUUCAGAGAUCUCAAUCAUAUAUGUGUGAUCAGUGAACAAGGCAAAGCAAAAUAUCGAGUCUAAAGAAGUACAUUCUCACCACGUGAAAAUCUGCAAUUUUCCUGAACUCCCUAUAUCUUUGACUACAAUUAAAAAGCCUGUGUGUGUCUGUGUCUGUGUGUGUGAGACAGUCAGCUCUACAGACAUCCCUAUGAAUCAGGAUAUUAAAAAGUGGUUUCAUCUGAAAUCAUUCUUUUCAGAGAUCAUAACAGUUGAGUAGCAUGUCUUCAUCAUGAAACACAAGGCAUGCUUUUUACUUGAUUUGUUCCAAGUCAAACACUCCACCUGGUGACUCACUUCUUCUCUUCAUGUUCCCAUAUUACACCUUACUGGCUCAGAUAGUCCUUUGGACUCAAUGUUUUCUCUAGAAUUCCCCACCCUAACCUGCUAGUUACUCAAUUAUUAUUUUCUUGCUGAACAAUUUCUUAGGUUUUUUGGGUUUUUUUCCGGUCACAAACUGAGAGAUGAAUUGUUUUCCUUGAGAUCUGAGCCCACACAACUGGGAUGCACACAAUUCCUGAGCCCAGAAGGAAAGAGGGAGGAAAGAUAGUUUAAUAUAUAUUUAUGUGUUUGCCCAUUUCUGGAGGCCAUUGUCAUCCGCUUUGUCAAAAUCUUUCAGAACCUCAGGGUACUCUGAAUCUUAAUGAUGCUAUGAAAUGAGCCUUUGCAUGGCACUCUGGAAUUGAACUUCCAAGACGUGACAGUGGCAUGUCCUGUCUGCACGGACGUACUCAACUGUGUUUAAUCCACUGAAUUUUAAUUAGAAAAAAGCACAAUGCCAGUGAGGCUUUCAUUUCUAAGCUGUUUCCCUUGAUUUUGAGUGGUAAAUGAGCAAGUAGCCAGAUCUGGAGUAGAAAGGACAGCUCCUUUCACAUGUAUAUUUCCACCCUUGGAGCUAAUCAAGUAGAAGUCUGUGCUUAUGUUGAAAUUAUUCCAAUGCUAGUUUCAAUUUUCCUCUCCUUUAUGCCUGAAGACGAGCCUUCCCUGCUCCUCCCCCCUCCAACAUUGUCAUAAAUGUGAAUGCACGAGCUCAGUCUGAAUAAAAGAAAUCCUCUUGCUAGAUCAGGGGAUCCUUCCCCCCCACACACCUCCCAAGCAAGCUGACUUCACCACUUCUGCCAUUUUUAUAAGAUCUUUUCCUAAUUUACAAGGGAGUUUAAUGGGAAAUAAACUUUGGAGUGCCAAUAGAUCUUCCCCUGUUCUCCUUCACUUCCUGAAAGAAGCUGUCUCAACAUAAAUAACUCAGUAGCCUUCGCUUUGUUUAGAACCGUAUGGGGCAUAUUAUUGUUCAGCUCUGACUUCUUUUAAACUAAUAAAGAUUAAGAAAACUUGUCACAUUU